AUGAAGCCAGAGAAUUUUACCAGCACUGUGACCGAAUUCAUUUUCAUCGGCCUUACAGCAAACCACCAUCUACAAUAUGUCCUCUUUCUAGUGGUCCUCACAGUCUGUGUUACUACUUGGCUUGGCAAUCUCACAAUAAUCACAACAGUGAUCACUGAUCACCAGCUUCGUGCCCCAAUGUAUUUCUUGCUGGGAAAUCUGGCUUUCAUAGACCUCAGUGAAUCUUCAGUCACAGUGCCAAAGAUGCUGUGGGACCUGGCUUCACAGCAGAAGGCUAUUUCUUUUGGUGGGUGCAUGACACAGUUGUUCUUCUUUCACUUCACUGGGGGUGCUGCAAUUUUCCUUCUUAUGGUGAUGGCAUUAGACCGGUAUCUGGCUAUCCAUAAACCACUUCAGUAUCCCACCAUAAUGAACCAUGCUUUAUGUGUAGGUUUGGUGAUAGGAGUAUGGCUGGGUGGGUUUGUCCAUUCCAUUGUCCAGGUAACUCUAAUAAUGAAACUGCCAUUCUGUGGACCCAACAUCUUGAACAACUAUUACUGUGAUGUUCCACAAGUGAUCAAACUGGCCUGUACAGACACAUUUGUUAUAGAGAUGCUAAUGUUCUCUAAUAGUGGGCUUCUCACUAUCAUUAUUUUCAUCAUUCUCAUUGCAUCAUAUACAAUCAUUUUGGUCAAAAUAAGAGUACAUGUCACCAAAGGGAAGGUGAAAGCUCUCUCUACUUGUGGGGCCCAGAUUACAGUAGUAUGCAUCCAUUUUAUACCCUGUAUUUUAAUCUAUGCUCGACCAUUCCAAGAAUUUGUAGCAGACAAGGCUCUUUCUGCCCUCUAUACAGUGAUCACACCAAUGUUAAAUCCCCUUAUUUACACACUGAGGAAUAGUGAGAUGAAGAAUGCCAUCAGGAGGGUUUAUAAAAGAUUUCUGUUGUCAGAAAGAUAG